AUGGAGGCUUGGGGGAGUUUGGUUGAUUGUCCCAAUGAGAGUUCUUUUGAUGAGUACCUUAAAAACUUUGAAAUGGCUUGCUCUUUGUGGCCUAUGUUUGUGGACUAUGUGUGUCAAACAUGGGUGACUCCAUACAAAGAAAGAUUUGUGAAAGCAUGGACAAACAAAGUAAUGCAUCUAGGAAACACAACCACUAGCAGGGUUGAGAGUGCUCAUUGGUCAUUAAAGAGACUCCUACAAAACUUUGUUGGUGUCAUAUGCAAGACAAGCAUGCAUGUGGUUGGUCAUGUGUUUAAAGUAACCUUGUACGAAAAACUACUUGGCAUGCUAUCAAGGCACACUUUAAAUGAAAUUGCUGCUGAGUAUGAGCAUGUAGCUUAUGCAGGAAAAAACCCUUCACGAUGUGGAUGUGUCAUGAGGAGUACCCAUGGUCUUCCAUGUGCAUGUGAGUUAUUCAAAUAUGUUGUUAGCUCCAUACAACUGGAGACAAUCCACAUUUUUUGGCGAAGACUUAGUUUUUCAAAUCAAGGGUUAAGUGAGACACAGGUGACCAUAACUGAGGAGAUGGAAACCACAUCGAAACGCUUUGAGCAGCUCGAUGUUUGUGGUAUAAUACAUUUGAAGUCAAAGCUGCGAGAAAUUGCUUACCCUGAUAUGAACUCCAUGUGUCAUCCUCCAGAAAAAGUGAAGACCAAGGGUGCUCUAAAAAAACCGCUUGCCAAACAACAAAAGUCAACAAAACGCAAUCCGUCUUACUGGGAGUAUGUUGAUGCGUUACACUCUAUACAAAAUAGUAAUUCCUUAGUGAAACGUAGUGCAUCAUCAUCUCAGGACCCAAUACAGAGACGAAAUAUUCCAAUGUUGAAUCAAUUUCAUCCUUGCAUCCAGUAUUCUAUUGAAAACAUUAUUGAUGUCAAAGCAUAUGGUAAUUAUGGUUAUUGUGCAAUAGUUGCAUUAUUGGGUAUGAGUGAAGAAUCGUGGUCAUUGGUGAGGAACCAUCGACUAGCUGGUCCGAAGAGUAUAUCAACCUGGUUGGUGGCAUAG